AUGGCUGUCAACAUCCCAGGUCUGGGUGCUGUUAUUGCCUUUUACAUCAUCAUUUUGGUUAUUGGCAUCUGGGCUUCUAAAAGGUCUAAGAAGGAGGAGAAGAAAUGCUCUGGAGAGAAGAGUGAAGUGACUAUAGUGGGAGGAAGGAACCUCAAUGCCUGGGUGGGCGUUUUUACAUUGACUGCCACCUGGGUUGGCGGUGGAUACAUCCUGGGUACAGCAGAGGUGGUCUACACCCCAACACAGGGCCUGUUUUGGGCCUUAGGACCUUUGGGAUAUGCAGCCAGCUUAAUUCUUGGUGGCAUUUUCUUUGUGAAGCCAAUGAGAGACAAAAAGUAUGUGACAAUGAUCGAUCCCUUCCAGGAGAAGUAUGGCAAUGUGCUAUCCAGCCUGCUUGUUGUUACCUCUGUGUUUUCAGAUGUGUUUUGGACGGCCUGCAUCCUGUCAGCAUUAGGAGGAACAAUAGAAGUCAUCUUGGACAUCUCUUCUUACCACUCCAUCCUGGUCUCUGCAGCGGUGGCUAUUUUGUACACUUUGCUAGGCGGCUUAUACUCUGUAGUCUACACAGAUGUAAUCCAGCUCUUCUUCAUUGCCAUCAGCCUGUGGAUUUGUGUUCCCUUCCUUAUGAUGAGCCCAGCAGUUACUAACAUCAUGGUGACUGCUUCAGAGGAGUUAUAUCAGAAGCCAUGGAUCACAGAAGUGGACUUAGAGCACCUUGGAAAUUGGCUGGAUGAAUUGUUCAUCAUAACCCUCGGAGGAGUGUGCUUUCAGUCCUUCUACCAACGAGUUCUGGCAACAUCAAGUGUACGACAAGGGCAGAUAAUGUGCCAUUUAUCAGGUGUCUUUUGCUUCAUUCUGGGGAUUCCAUCAGUCCUCAUUGGAGCCAUUGCAGCUUCCACAGACUGGAACCAAACCAGCUAUGGUCUUCCAACUCCUUUUGACAACGGGGAUGCCCGGAAGAUCCUGCCCAUUUCCUUGCAGCACCUUUGCCCCAAAUUCAUUUCUGUUAUUGGCAUCGGGGCUGUAGCUUCUGCAGUCAUGUCUUCUGUAGAUUCAUCUCUCCUCAGUUCUGCCUCCAUGUUCGCACACAACAUCUACAAAAAGCUCAUCAGGAAGAAGGCAUCCGACAAAGAGGUCCUGUGGGCAAUCAGGAUUGGGGUGCUGUUCUUUGGAGCUGUUGGCACAUGCUUGGCAUUGAUGGCACGAUCAGUGUACGAGCUCUGGAUCUUGAGUGCAGAGAUGGUGUUCUCCCUCAUUUUCUCCCAGCUGGUGUGCGUCUUGUUUGUUCCUUCUUCUAAUGGCUAUGGUGCUCUGGCGGGACUCUUCGUAGAAUUAAUUAUGAGAGUUGCAGGGGGAGAACCCUUCCUCAGUAUUCCCCCGCUUAUUCAUUAUCCCGGAGGCACAUUCAUAGAUGGUGUCUAUAUUCAGAGGUUUCCUUUUAAAACUCUAACGGCAGGGAUUUCCCUGGUGACCAUUGUGUCGGUUUCGCAUCUGUCCUAUUUCCUUUUUAACAGGGGACUCCUCUCAGAAUGUUGGGAUAUAUACAGUGUCAAGGGAAAAACCAAGAAAGACGUGGCCAUGGAAAAUGCAGAUGGGCAGAAGAUUUCUGAUAGAGAAAAGCAUAACAUGUCUGAGUUCAUGUAA